AUGUCAGCACCAAAGACUUCCAAGCGGUUUGCCUCCUUGCGACCCGAGAGCAAGGCUACUAUUGGCGAGAAACUCCAGUUUUGGCGAGACACCCGGCGCGACACUUACUCGAUUCUGUCGGACAAGACCCAGUCAAGUCGAGAUCAACUAUGGGAAGAUUGGCAGGCUUUCUUCUCGCAAAUAGGUGAAGACCCAGAGCAGAUCUGGCUCGAUCUUUGCGACAACAAGGACGAGGCUAGGAGUCUAUGCCUCGUGUUCCUCGAGGUUUGCGUGGAGAACUCCCAAACUCUUCGACCUGUCCUUGGACCAGAGGAGAAUGCUUAUGUGCAGACAAUCACCUCUGCAAACGCUCUAUUGCAAAUAUGGAAAGGACUGAUAGCACACGCAGACGAGAAGGUGCUCGAUCAAGCGCGGAAGCGUGACCCGAAGAACAGGGCACAUUGGACACUGAAGUACACGAACCACGAUGGCGGGCGUAAUCGCGGGCCCGCUAAUCGCGUUGCCAGCGCAUUCACAAGGCCCUUCACCUCCGUGGAGGAUCUCCUCACCCUACCACGGCUCGAAGGCGUGGACUACCUUGAGGUGUCGUGGAAACCGGAGAUGGCCGACAAAGAGAUUAUCCCGAUAAAAUAUCAUCAGUACUACAAGAUUUGGCGUCUAGUUAACUUGGCUGCCGGGUUCCGCGAUGGACUGCGUCCGACGUCGAUGAGGGUGGGGGCUGGCGCCCGUAUCGUACCGGGCAGAGCACCGAGGCUAUACGUAGCGCUGCCGCCGCAGAAAAUCCCCGGGCCUCUCACUAUCAAGGUCAAUGCCAGGAUGCCGUGA